UUAUAUUUUAGCAAAUUUGUGCCCCUUCUUCAACAUAGAAAAUUUUGCUGAUGUAUAUAAUCUAGUAUUUAGUUGGAAGAGCUUCAAUUUGGCCGAGCAUGUUGUCAUUAGACAUUUAUAAACAUACAACUGAUUUAGAAAUAAUCAUUUCUGAAUAGGGCACGUUACAAAACUCCAGUUGUUUAGUUUAUACAUACUUUAUUUUAGGUCGAUUGUGAAGGAAGUUCUACAACUUAUAUUAAUCACACUCUCGACACCUCAUUCCUGAUGGAAUCCAUCGCCACGAGGGUGUGAGGGAAGAGGCCAGUUUCCCUUUUAAUGCUGAGCGCCAAGCAAGGGAGCUACUGGUACCAUUUUUCACGUCUUUGGUAUGACGCGGCCGGGGAUCGAACCCACGACCUCCCGCACUCGGAGCGGACGCUCAACCACUAGGCUAUCGAGGCGGUUUUUGAAGUUUUACCAUCUAGUUGAUAAUGUAGUUACAGUCUUAUUCUAUUGUACAAAUAUGUUCCUUAUGUUACGAAUCAACAAUGAACAAGUAGAAUUUUGUGUGCAAAAUACGUUUCAAUCCACAUUUCUACUGUAGUGUCGGUGCCGUCUAGGUUAGCUAAGGUGGUUAAGUGCAACACAUUCAAAUAACAGGUCACCGGUUUAAUCCCUAGACUGACUGACUUACUAUUUGGAUGAUUAUGCAGUGUGGGAGACAUGCGUUUUUCUCAAAAGUAGCUCUAGUUACUUUUUACUAUUCUAGAAUGCAAAAUGUGCAUUAGGUUUUACACAGUUUUAAAUAGGGAAUGCAAUUAAUAGCAGUUUCUGUUACCUCAGCUAUGAGGAGGUGAUAUGUAAUAUGUUUUACUAUCUUGAUAUGCAAUGCUUGGUAUAUAUUUUACUGUAUUUUAACCUUUAGCCUGCUGGCGGAAAGUGAUUCUGCCUUUGCGACCAGUGCAGACCAAGAUCAGCCUGCACAUCCGUGCAGUCUGAUCAUGGUCUGCACUGUUCGCUAUUCAGUCAGUAAAUUUUCAGUGAAUACCCCUUCUAUUAAUAAAUGGUACUGCCCAAAUUGAAAGAUGGACCAGUACAUUAUAGGAAUUUAGCAGGGUAAGGGUUAAACAAAUGUACAAAUUUAAUAAUAGCCGAGUCUCUCAUAUUUCUAUUUUAUGAUAUAUAUAUAAUUAUUAACGAAUGCUUCUGAUCAUUUAAGUAUGGUAAAAGCAAAGGUAUUCGUGUUAAUCUUAUAUUGGUGUGAACAGAAUAUAAUAAAAGCCGGGGACAUUCAAAUAAAUAGUACAAUAAUUGUAAAUAACUUGUAAUAUAAUAUGAAUUUGUACACAAAAGAAGUUGUUUGUUUUGGUCAGUUGUCAAUUUAAUACAGCCUUUUGUUAUCUAGAUCCCCCGCGGUAAGAAGCCUGGACUAUUUCUAUUGUAAAUCUGUUGAUAAAACUAGAUUUUCAAGUGCUUAAGUAACAUAGAAAAAUGAGACACAUCAAAGUUUACUGACUAGUUGAUUUUGUUUAAAACAGAUUAAACAAGUUUUGAUUUUUUAUUUUAUUCUGUUCAAGUAACUGUUUUUGGAAUUUUCAGAAAAAGAGGUCGUUUAAUACCGUGUGAAAGGAGAACUCAUUUCUGACAUGAGACAAAGGUUAAAAGAUGGAAGAGUCCGUAAUACACACAGUAAAGAGGCUGAAAAACUGGUUUCUCGUUAUAUUGAUGGUACCAUUUGCACUCGUCCUUAGUUAUUCACUAACUGGUUCGGGGACAUUUCACAGGAACUGGAAAAUAAGUAAUUUGAACCAGUACCAGUUGACUGUCGUCUUGAAAGAUAAUCGACGUAUUGACGUAACUGAAAAGACGCCUGUAGAGCCAUUACAUGUUUAUUCCACUACCGGACACGAGGACAGAAAAACAUCUGCUCAACAAAAUACAUCAGUUAUAACAACUGCCAAGGAUGCGACGACUUCUGCUUCAAUGACGCACAUAAAACGAGGCAACUUCACGGGUGUCAUAUUGUUGACGUACAUGCGCAGUGGAUCCUCGCUGACUGGUGACAUUUUGCAACAGCCAAAAGACACAUUUUACUUGUUCGAGCCUUUGAAAAGUGCGGAACACAUUCAAAAGAGAAAUGGAUCCAUUUCAUACUUAAACGGGACAGUGAUGACAAAUGGAAGAUAUAACUUAAGUGCAGUGUACUUGGAUACACUAUUGGGUUGGCUAACCUGCAACUUUUCUAGAGUAUACCUGGAAUCUUUGUUGGAUCUAGAAUUCCUCGCAUUUGGGAAGACACUUCAACAGUAUACAAGUUGCAUUUACCGAGCUGGUCUCGGAGACUUUCCUGAAACCAGUAAACCAAUAUUAUACAACAUUACAAUACAUCAGAAAGAAUUACUUAAAACGUGCAUGGAGGACUUGCGUAACGUGUGUUUACGUUCUAAGUACCGAAUAGUGAAGACGAUUCGGACAAAGAUGUCCUUAGCUGCGCAAGUUUUAGAACAAGUUGUAGACAGUAAGUUGAUACACUUGGUCCGAGAUCCAAGGGCCACUAUAGAAUCAAAAAGUCACAGAAAGGUGUGUCCUUUAGGGCUGAGUUUUUGUAUCAGCCAACAUUGUCAAAGAGUUCGAGACGAUAUCAUUGUGGAAAAGAAGUCAAGGUCACCUGAACGCUUUCACACAGUGUUUUACGAAAACAUUGCUAGCAGACCGAUCCAAACGGCGAAAAUGAUGUACAAAUUUAUAGGAAUGGAAUUAACACCCGUUAUUUCAGACUAUAUCUUUAAUAUUACACUUGGAAAGAAUAAGUCUGGUUGCAGUGUAUGUACAGCAAAAUGGCAAAUUGGAAACUCCGCCUCCAGUUCAGAGAAACAUGUUGACGCAUGGAAACAGAAGUUGCCACCAAAGUAUAUAAAUAGAACUCAACAGUUAUGCAAUGACGUGAUUAAACAUUACGGAUAUGAAUAUUAUGUUGCUCCUUAUAGAAGAAAAUCAAAAAAUAAGAAAGUGCUAAUGAAGAAAGUAAUACAAAGUGUAGGCAAAUUUCAGCGGAAAGUUUCCUGAAAUUUUGUCUAAGUAGAUAUUACAUAGUAAAUAUUCAAAGGUGGAAUACAAGUUUUCGCUCCGUCCCAAUAGCCAUAAGAAAGAUAACUAAACAUCUCUGCCUGGCAUCCAGGAUUGUAAUGGACUGCCUUUUGGUAACAAACUUUAUUCUAGUUUAUUUUGUCGGUACUUUUUAGAUCCUUAGAAUGUUAAUAACUUUCAAGAUAUUCCAUAAAUGCCAAAACAAAUUAUAAUUAUGAACUUCUUAAGAACAAAAUUCGUGAAUAAGGCACCUGGGUGGUCACACAUACGUGAUGGGACAUUUCUAGUUGUACAGUGAACAAUAUCUGGAAAGUCUAUUUUAAUCAAUAUUAAAAAUGAAGUGGAAAUAUUUUUGCAAAGAGUUUGAGUUUACAAUUAAUUACUGAUGUGGCUAUAUUGUGUGUUACUCACUUCCAGAGAAUAAUGGCAAUCACACUGAAAAUUGUUCACACUCACAAAUGAAAUGUUAAUGUAUGUAACUGAACGAACUGUAUGUCCAUACUUUCCACUUUGCCUAAUAUUAUAUCUUCGCUUUUCAUCAUAUUGAAAGUAUAGUUUGUGUUCACCUAGUAAAACUGAGCAUUCAUAUUAGCGUGUCGGUCACAUAUUUUGAGGCACAAAGAUUACAUUUCAAAUCGGCCAUGAAGAGAAAAACCGAUAAUCAUGAAACGCCAGAGCUGUCUUAUGUUAGAUGAAUAUGAGGUAUCUUCUUAAUUUAGAUUAGUGUCUUUUAAAGAUCCUGUUGUGUCUUGUUUAUUACUGUGUUAUCAUGUUGAGUUGCAAUGCUAUCAUGUCUAAUGUAUGUACUAUUUUGCCAGUGAGGCGUAUUAUUUUGUUAAACAACCAUCCUAUUUUCUCAUAGCAACAUGCUAUCAUGUCCAAUUAACAUACUAUCUGUCCAAAUGACGUACUAUUUUGUCAGUGUGAUGUGUUAUUUUGUUAAACGACCAUACUAUUUUUCUCAAAGGAACAUGCUAUCAUGUCUAGUGUGUAAACUAUCUUGUCAGAGUGACAUGCUAUUUUGUUUAACGACCAUAUGACAGCUCCAGCGUUCCAUAGAUAAAGAUACAUUCUAUUUCUGUGUUUUUGCGACAUCUUCACAUAAAGGAAAAUUCAAAUCGUU